UCUUCUUCUCUCUUCGUCUCUCUCCUCUCUCUCUCUCUCUCUCUGAAGCUCAAUCAUGGCGAGCGUUGUUCCUCUAGCCUACCAAGGCAGCAACACGUCAGCGUCGGUGCCGGAUUGGUUGAACAAAGGUGACAACGCAUGGCAGAUGAUAGCAGCCACCCUUGUGGGUCUUCAAAGCAUGCCUGGUCUAGUCAUCCUCUACGGUUCUAUCGUGAAGAAGAAAUGGGCUGUGAACUCUGCUUUCAUGGCUCUCUAUGCCUUUGCUGCUGUUCUCAUCUGUUGGGUCACUUGGGCUUAUAGAAUGUCCUUUGGAGAUAAGCUUUUACCCUUCUGGGGUAAAGCUGGUGCUGCACUUGGUCAGAAUUUUCUCAUCAGGCAGGCUAGAUUGCCGGCAACCACUCAAUACCAUAGCGACGGCAGCGUUGAGACGGCGGUGGCGGCGCCGUACUAUCCGAUGGCAUCGAUGGUUUACUUUCAGUUUGUGUUUGCUGCAAUUACACUGGUUCUCAUCGCUGGUUCUCUCUUAGGGAGAAUGAACUUCAGGGCUUGGAUGGUUUUUGUUCCCCUUUGGCUCACCUUUUCCUAUACCGUCGGUGCAUUUAGUCUAUGGGGUGGUGGGUUUUUGUUCCAUUGGGGUGUUAUUGACUACUCUGGAGGAUAUGUGAUCCACCUUUCUUCUGGAAUUUCCGGCUUCACCGCUGCUUACUGGGUGGGCCCGAGGUUAACGAAGGAUAGGGAGAGAUUUCCUCCUAAUAACGUGUUGCUGAUGUUGGCGGGUGCUGGUCUCCUAUGGAUGGGUUGGGCCGGGUUCAAUGGUGGUGACCCGUAUACGGCAAAUACAGAUUCGUCGAUGGCCGUGUUGAAUACCAAUAUCUGUGCGGCCACGAGCUUGUUGGUGUGGACGGUUCUUGAUGUGCUUGUCUUUAAGAAACCGUCGGUGAUCGGUGCAGUUCAGGGUAUGAUCACGGGGCUUGUUUGCAUCACACCUGGUGCAGGUCUUGUUCAAGGUUGGGCUGCAAUUAUAAUGGGAGUACUAUCAGGCAGUGUCCCUUGGUUUACAAUGAUGGUCAUCCACAAGAGAUGGACUCUGCUACAGAAGGUUGAUGAUACUCUUGGUGUGUUCCACACUCACGCAGUGGCAGGAACCCUAGGGGGAAUUCUUACCGGAAUUUUCGCCGAACCCGUGCUGUGCUCCAUGUUCUUGCCAGUCACCAACAGUUUAGGGUUAGUCUAUGGAGCUAAGACUGGUGGUAUCCAAGUUGGGAAACAGAUCGUCGGAGCCCUUUUCAUCAUUGGCUGGAACCUUGUUGUUACAUCCAUCAUUUGCUUGGUGAUUAAGUUGGUUAUGCCAUUGAGGAUGUCGGAAGAGCAACUAUUGAUUGGAGAUGAUGCAGUCCAUGGGGAAGAAGCCUAUGCCUUGUGGGGUGAUGGUGAGAAAUAUGAUUCUACUAGGCAUGGUUGGUACCUUAAUGAUGAUACUGUUCAUCCUACUCAAUUGCAAAUGGCAUCUGGUGUUACUCAGGUAGUGUAAGAGAGGGAGGAGAAGAGAAAUGGC